GCCUUUCUGUACAGGACGAGGUUGCCGCCGCUCAGCCCGAGAUCGACGAGAAGACCGCGUCGCUGGUGUCCAAGGGCAAGUGGAUGCCACCGGGCUACAAGGUUCGUGUUCACUGCCGUCAUUUUCUCCGUGUGUGUUAUUCUACAGUUUGCUAACGGUUCGCCACCUACAGGAGAGAUUCGGCGACCUGUCCCUGCUGUAAACAGUGCCGACCCAUAUCGAUCUGUGUGCAUUUACCGUCCUUCUUCCCAUGUGACCAUACCACUAUAUCCUACCUGUCAAAUCAUUGGGGCCAGCCAGCUGGGGAUGUGCUGUGUUUGGCUACGUGAUAUUGGUCAAAUGUGUAUAGAACCAUUGUUUCAAUUAGAUGACCGUUCCUAG